ACUUCCUGAUGUAGCGACGAUUGGUCACAGCGCAGGAGAGGGCGUGGCGCCAGAAUUUUACCUCAGAACCAGCUAGAAGGCUGUUUUUCCCCGCUCAACCGUUAGGCUAUGGCAGCGAUCAAAGCUAUAAACUCCAAGGCUGAGGUGGCGCGGGCCCAGGCGGCCUUGGCUGUCAACAUAUGCGCCGCCCGAGGGUUGCAGGAUGUGCUGCGGACCAACUUGGGUCCUAAGGGUACCAUGAAAAUGCUUGUUUCUGGUGCCGGUGACAUCAAACUCACCAAAGAUGGCAAUGUACUGCUUCAUGAGAUGCAAAUUCAACACCCAACAGCUUCSUUGAUAGCAAAAGUUGCAACAGCACAGGAUGACAUCACAGGAGAUGGUACUACUUCAAAUGUUCUAAUUAUUGGAGAGUUAUUAAAACAAGCUGAUSUUUACAUUUCUGAGGGCCUGCACCCUAGAAUAAUAGCAGAAGGAUUUGAAGCUGCAAAGAUAAAAGCACUUGAUGUUUUGGAGGAAGUUAAAGUAAAAAAGGAAAUGAAAAGAGAAAUCCUCUUAGAUGUGGCUAGAACAUCUCUACGGACGAAAGUUCAUGCAGAACUGGCUAAUGUGUUAACAGAGGCUGUGGUGGAUUCCRUAUUGGCUGUUAGAAGACCAGGUUAUCCUAUUGAUCUCUUCAUGGUGGAAAUAGUGGAGAUGAAGCAUAAAGCAGGAACAGAUACACAGUUGAUCCGAGGAUUAGUUUUGGAUCAUGGUGCCCGUCAUCCAGAUAUGAAGAAGCAAGUAAGAGAUGCAUUUAUUCUUACUUGCAAUGUGUCACUAGAAUAUGAAAAAACAGAGGUGAACUCUGGUUUCUUUUACAAGACUGCAGAAGAGAAAGAGAAAUUGGUAAAAGCUGAAAGGAAAUUUAUUGAAGAUAGAGUACAAAAAAUAAUAGACCUGAAAGAGAAAGUCUGUUCUGAGACCAAUAAAGGAUUUGUUGUCAUUAAUCAAAAGGGAAUUGAUCCAUUUUCCUUAGAUGUUCUUGCAAAACAUGGAAUAGUAGCUCUUCGUAGAGCCAAAAGAAGAAAUAUGGAAAGACUCUCUCUUGCUUGUGGUGGAGUGGCUGUGAAUUCUCUUGAAGACCUAAAUGCAGAAUGCUUGGGACAUGCUGGUCUUGUAUAUGAGUACACACUAGGUGAAGAAAAGUUCACUUUUAUUGAGGACUGUGUUAACCCUCGCUCUGUCACCUUGUUGGUCAAAGGACCAAAUAAGCAUACUCUUACACAAAUCAAGGAUGCCCUAAGAGAUGGACUUCGUGCUGUCAAAAAUGCCAUUGAAGAUGGUUGUGUGGUUCCAGGGGCUGGUGCAGUUGAAGUGGCAAUAGCUGAAGCUCUUGUUAAGCACAAGCACAGUGUAAAGGGAAGAGCUCGUCUUGGAGUCCAAGCUUUUGCUGAUGCCUUACUCAUUAUUCCCAAGGUUCUGGCUCAGAAUUCUGGUUAUGACUUGCAGGAAACACUAGUAAAAAUUCAGGCUGAGCAUUCAGAAUCAAAGCAACUGGUUGGCAUAGAUUUGAAUACAGGGGAGUCAAUGGUACCAGCAGAUACAGGAGUUUGGGAUAAUUAUUGUGUGAAAAAACAACUUCUUCACUCUUGCACAGUGAUUGCCACCAACAUUCUCCUGGUUGAUGAAAUUAUGCGAGCUGGGAUGUCUUCUCUCAAAGGGUGAUGAAAUGAAACCCAACUCUUCUGGAAGACAAUUCAGGGCAUCUGACAUUCAACUGUUGUGGGACAGCAUGGGCCAUUCUUAAUUUUUACAAAAUAAAUGUAGCUUAU